CCCCAACCCUCCCAAUAUCUGGGAUCGUGCUCCGGCCGGCGGGUCCCGGCAGCCCUCAGGGGGUGGGGUCGCCUAGCUCCCUGGAGCCCUUCCCGGUGCCAUAAGCGAGGACCAGGGGGCAGGGAAGGCACUGCGGGCCGGAGAGACCCAGAGGGACCAGUCUCCCGGCUCCCAAGGUAGACGGACGCGCCUACGCGGAUCCGGAAGGCGACGCUGGAGGGUCCCCAGGGGGCUGAGUACCGCAGUCCACACGGGGUUUGAGGCAUGGCCAAGCGGUGUGUUGGUCUGUGGACACCUGGGGCUGAGCAGCGGCUGCUCCAGUGAGAGGCGGGUGGCACGAGCCUGAGCCUUCCUCCUGGGCUGAGAAGCGUCAUGGCCAGCAUCGUGCAGGCCUCCCUGGCUGCUCUCCUCCUGCUGCCUAUGGCCGCCGCCAUGCACUCUGACUGCAUCUUCAAGAAGGAACAAGCCAUGUGCCUGGAGAAGAUCCAGCGGGCAAAUGACCUGAUGGGCUUGAACGACUCUUCCCCAGGCUGCCCUGGGAUGUGGGACAACAUCACGUGUUGGAAGCCAGCCCACGUGGGUGAGGUGGUCCUCGUCAACUGCCCGGAACUCUUCCGAAUCUUCAACCCAGACCAAGUCUGGGAGACGGGAACCAUCGGAGAGUUGGGUUUCGCUGAUAGUAACUCCUUGGAUCUCUCAGACAUGAGGGUGGUGAGCCGGAAUUGCACGGAGGAUGGAUGGUCAGAGCCGUUCCCUCAUUAUUUUGAUGCCUGUGGUUUUGAUGAGUACGAAUCUGAGACUGGGGACCAGGACUAUUACUACCUGUCGGUGAAGGCCUUGUACACGGUUGGCUACAGCACGUCGCUUGUCACCCUCACCACUGCCAUGGUCAUCCUGUGCCGUUUCCGGAAGCUGCACUGCACCCGCAACUUCAUCCACAUGAACCUGUUCGUGUCGUUCAUGCUGAGGGCCAUCUCCGUCUUCAUCAAAGACUGGAUCCUCUACGCCGAGCAGGACAGCAACCACUGCUUCGUCUCCACUUUGGAGUGCAAGGCGGUGAUGGUUUUCUUCCACUACUGUGUUGUAUCCAACUACUUCUGGCUGUUCAUCGAGGGCCUGUAUCUCUUCACCCUGCUGGUGGAGACCUUCUUUCCCGAGAGGAGAUACUUCUACUGGUACAUCAUCAUUGGCUGGGGGACCCCAACUGUGUGUGUGUCUGUGUGGACAGUGCUGCGGCUCUACUUCGAUGAUACAGGCUGCUGGGAUAUGAAUGACAACACAGUUCUGUGGUGGGUGAUCAAAGGCCCUGUGGUUGGCUCCAUAAUGGUUAACUUUGUCCUCUUCAUCGGCAUCAUUGUCAUCCUGGUGCAGAAACUUCAGUCGCCAGACAUGGGAGGCAAUGAGUCCAGCAUCUACUUAACAAAUCUAAGCCCAGAAGUCCCCAAGAAAGCCCAAGAGGAGCCCCCGCCUGUGCCCUCAGACCAGCAUUCAUUCCCUUUCCUCAGCUGCGUGCAGAAAUGCUACUGCAAGCCACAGCGGGCGCAGCAGCACUCUUGCAAGAUGUCAGAACUGUCCACCAUUACUCUACGGCUCGCCCGCUCCACGCUGCUGCUCAUCCCACUGUUUGGAAUCCACUACACGGUCUUCGCCUUCUCCCCAGAGAAUGUCAGCAAGAGGGAGAGGCUGGUGUUUGAGCUCGGGCUGGGCUCUUUCCAGGGCUUCGUGGUGGCUGUUCUCUACUGCUUUCUGAACGGGGAGGUGCAGGCGGAGAUCAAGCGGAAAUGGCGCAGCUGGAAGGUGAACCGCUACUUCACCAUGGACUUCAAGCACCGGCACCCGUCCCUGGCCAGCAGCGGGGUGAACGGGGGCACGCAGCUCUCCAUCCUCAGCAAGAGCAGUUCCCAGAUCCGCAUGUCCGGCCUCCCGGCCGACAACCUGGCCACCUGAGCACCCCCCUGUCCCCUCCUCUCCGGACAUAGGCGAGGGUCGCGGGCGGGCGCCGGCCCACGCAGGUUGUGCCUCUUCUCUCCCUUCGGGCAGGCCCUGGGCUGGGAGCCCGGCUCCCCGAGCGGGGAGGAGGGUGCAGGGUGCAGACAGGUAUUUCCCUUCUCUGUUUUGGCCCUGGCCUCACCCACCUUGGGCCUCUGGGCCCUGACCCCGGACGUGUAAAUACUCCCCAAGUUUUGGAAAAGUCGUCCCACCCCUACCUCUUUCUCCAGAGUCCCUGCUCUCCUCAGGCAGGGCCCCAGCUUCACCCCACCCGGUCUCCAGCAGCCGCAGUGACUGCCUGCCCCUGUGUGGGAGGCCCUGUGAGCGGAGGCCGAAGAACUUGCUUCGGGGAUUUGGGGUACGGUCUGCCUGACAGCCCUCCUGUAGUGUCUGACCCUCUGUGUGGACUCAUUGAGUCUACUCAGCACUCUGUGGCCCUUUUCAGGCUGGCCCGGUCCCUGAGGCUGCCGGGGAUCCAGCUUGGAUGGCCAGAGGGCUUUUCAGCGCAGGCCAGACCUGCGCUCACCCGACAUCUUGAUGCCCUCCAGGUGCCCAGCGCCUGGGUAUCAGGGCAGCGGGACAGCUCCAGGGCUCUUCUCCGCAGAGACUUCAGUUUGGGUGUGGGGCUCAGGUCAGAGAUAGUUCUGGUGCUUUUCAUUUGGCCCAAGAAGAAUUGCCAAGAGCCAGAAAAAUGUGUGUGAUUGGAAUGGAGCCGGACAGAGGUUGGAGAGAGUCAUGGAAGAAGCCACUGGCCACCUCCUUUAUUUUGCCCCUGACUCAAGGUAGGCCGAGUUCAUCUGGUAGCCUGCCUUCCACCCCUCCUGUCCCCUGGCAUCAGCUGCAGAAGGUUGAGAGACAGAGGCCUCAGAGAAACUGCUCCCCCGCCGCGCCUACCACGGACAGCCCCUAAGGCUCCCCUCUCCCGCCUCCUCUGAAGUCAAAGCCAUGAUUUGGAUGCACCAGCCGCUGUCCUGUGAUAUCAGUGAAUCCUGAAGCACCUGACACCUCCCUGUGCCCAAGACCAGGGCCCAGGGCUCCCUUUCACCCCCCCCCCCCACUCCCCUGGACCAUGAGGCAUCCCAGCCACCAGCUCCUCCAGCUUGGACUCAGCUGCUGAGAUAUCGCAGACCUCUGCAAAGACUUCCCUCUGUGUGCUCUUGACAUUGAGUCACCAUGGGAGCCAGGGUGUCCUGGGGCGGGGAGGGGAAGCCAUGCCCCCCUUCCUUGUGAGCAGAAACUGCUGAUGGGAGGAGUGACUGCACCCCAACUUCUGUCCUGGCUGCCCAGCCAUGACUUUCCAGACUGCAGACUAAGAACUUAAAACGGAGCAGAACCAGGUUCAGAGAAGGUGAAGGAAAGUGCUAGAGACCCGUGGCCUGUCUGUGGGGCCCGCCUCUUUCACGUCAGCCUGUGGUGGUCUUGUCCAAGUGUAUUUUAUGGUCAUGUUCUGGAAAGCGUGGAGAGCUCGGCCGUGUGUGUGUGUGUGUGUGUGUGUGUGUGUGUGUGUGUGUGUGUGUGUGUUGCUUUUUGGUUUUGUAAAGAGGGAGGCCCAGGGCCAUUGGGUUCCUGUUCAUGGGGAGGCCUUGUGAGUGACUGGAGAAGCGCCUAGAGCUUGGUUUAGAGAAACACUGUGAACCCCGGUCUUGGCUAAACCAGAGGGACAACAGGACCUGUUUGCCCUUCCCUGGCCACAUUUGGUGACUCGGGCUGGCCAUGGGGUGUGCGACGGUCCUUGCAUCCUGCACCUGCCUCACGAUGCCCUUCCCUCUGGCUGGGAGCCACGUGUAUUACCUGAGGGGGUGUCCCCUGGCCCUUGCGCCUUGGGCCCUGUUGAGGGGGCUUGACUUGCUUGGAGGGAGCCUUGGGCUCGGGGUCAGAGAUGGAAAAUCUGCCCUAGUUGGGCUCAGACUGCUGAGACGGCCGACCUCGAGCUCCCCAUUCUGGGCCUCAGUCUCCCCAUUUGUGAGAUGAGGUGGUGUCCAAUGCUGCUCCAGGCUGUGCUUCAGUAAUUGUCCGGUUCAAAACCAAGGCGGGUAAAAGGCCUUGUUACCUGUGUCAUCUAAGGCUCGGAAGAGUCUGUGUUUGUGUGCACAUGGAGGGAGGCGAGAAUGCUUAUUUUCCCUUUUUUGGAAAUAGAACGUCUGUCUCUUCCAUUUGGACACCGCAGUGGAGGCUGGCGGGCUGGAGGGAAGGAUCAGGCCAGGGACAGUUGGACCCGUGCACCGGGCACCAUGUGCACACCCAGCUGUCCUCUGCCCAGGACACGGUGCCGUGAGGGGGUGGUCCCCUGACUAUGGACCCUGUUUCUUUGUCCUUGUCCCUACCAGCAGGUCUGCCUCACCAUGGAGGAGGAGGCUCUGCUUUUAUACAUAUAUCAUCAUGAAAUAGCAAAAAAAAAAAAAAGAAAAAAAAUCUGCCGAGUUCCCCAUGCCGUGCUGCCACCUGAGCCCUGGGCCUGCAUCCUCGUAGAGGUUCCAGGUUCCUAUUGGUUGGUUUUCCUUUCUGAAUGAAUUACCACCAGCCUUGUGAGCAGAGGCACCUGGUGUAUUUUGCCUGCUCCAGGAGAUUAGGCAGCUGUCCUUCAGGGUCACAGGCAGCAGGGGGACAGAAUGAAGUCUGGGUAAAAUCCUUCCCUCUCCGACCCUUUGUUUUCAAGUCUGUAAAAUGGGCAAUACGACUAGGUAGUUUUCAUCGCCCACUGCAUCUCUGAAAUUCUUGCCUAAACACCAGCCGUCCACUGGGAGUGGGUCCCAGGCAGGGACUGUGGCGUGUGCUUGGACCGGGAUGGGUGAGGAGUCAAGUUGAGGGAGGAGGGCUUAGAGGGCCUGGGAGUGGUUAGGCUGGAGACGAGCAGAGUUCUCCAACUCCAGGUCUCUGGAAAGGGCUUGUUUUGGUUCUGUGCAGUCCUAAAGGACGAAACUCGCCCCGCGUUUCCCUUGGGAUGAAGGAAUCUCUCACCCUGUCUCAUGACUGUCCUGUCCAGGAGCAGGCGGGGUCAGGAGAGAAGCUCCGGCUCCGGGAGAGAUAGGACUCCAAGUCAGGGAUGCUGAGACUGUCAGGGAGCCAGGGAGGGGUCAGAGUGCGGGAACUAGGGGACGCAGGGGCGCUCUGGUAGUCCCCGGCAUGCCCUCGGCUAGGCCACAGUCCCUGUCUCAGUGGGCAGCUCCGCGACCCUCUUUGACACAUCCAGUCACCUGCAGUGAUUCCUUCGCUACCCCCCACCCCUCCCCGGCCUGGCUUCUCUGGGGAAUAGAGCCAGAGCGCUGGAGCCCAGCCCAAGGCUGGAAAUACCCCCAUCAUCACCCACCAAGGGUCCUGCCUCAUCCCCUUCGUCCUCGAAGGAAAGCUGGAAGAGGCUUUCUUUGUAAUUCUGCGAGUACCCUUGACCCUUGACUCCCUCAAGGACACUCUAGAGUGAAAGCAGGGGCCCCUUCCUCAUCCUCAGUUCCUGCCUGGGCCCGGUGACCCUGGACGCCUGCUGGAAGAGCCCUGAGCAUCUCUGGGGACCUGGGUAUCUCCCAGCUUUGCCACUGAUCUGCUAUUUGACCUGGAUCCUUCCUCAUGUAGCUCUGGGGAGACACACCAAGUCCUAGAGCUGGGAGGAAACCUGGAGAUCUGCAGGUUAAGCUUCACCGAGGGGCUGACGAGAAAACACAGGUGGGCUUAGCACGGGGCCUGCGCCACGUUGGCAUCCAGUGUGCUUUGCAGACUGGAACGAGGAAAUGGGCCUGCCUGCUGGUGUGUGCCCAGGCCUGCACGUGAGUUGGAACGAGACACUCAGCAAAGCUUCUGAACAGAAACCUUCAGCCUUGCACAGGGGAGGGGCUCUGGCUCGGGAAGUUGUCAGGACUCCAGACUGUUGGAGGAGCAGUGGGGUCUGUGUGGACAGGGAGACCUGCGUUCUAGCCCGGCUUCACCACCUGCUCUGUGCCCUAAGACCAAACCUCUCUGGGUCUCCACAUCCCAAUCUGAGAAAUGGGAGGACAUGAUUUAUAGUCUGUCACAGGCCAGGGGUGAGGUUGAGGUGGGACGCCUUGGUGGGUGAAAGGGCUUUACUACUGUGCUGAAGACCCUCGAAAGGGGAACCCUAUGCUGGUUGUCAAGUGCUUUGAGCCCUCCUGGGUUAACCUCUGCCCCAUUUGUAAAACCACCAGCACUUGGGGGGGGAGGGGGAGGCCCAUGGUCUCUGAUGGACGUGGGAUUCCGUGGUCUCUUAUUCCCAUCAGCUGGUUGCUUGUGGGAUAGAAUGGGGUGACUUCCGCGUGGGGGAUGUCAGGGUUUCCAGGGCACCUGGGACGUCCUUCAAGUGGGCUGUGGGCCUGUCUUUCUCCCUUCCCUGAAGUCGGCAUCCCGGGAUGUGUCUGUGCUUGGCCACGUGUGUCUGGUCUUCUGUCCGUCUUCUGUAGCUUAGCCCCUGUGAGGACUGGAGUGGGGAUGCUGCUGGCAUCCCAGACGUGGCUCCAGGCUCACGGUGGGAGCCGGGCCCGCCUGGGUCUCAUCUCCCACAAUAAAGCCAAGCCCCACACGCCUCACUGCUACCGCUGCCGCCGUCAAUGCUGUGCGCACAACCUCGUCCUGGAUUUUAAGGACGUCAAACUGCUGUAGACGACUCAAUAAAUGUCUUCGCAUUUUU